AUGAGCUGGCUUAACAAACUCGGAUUCGGUGUGCGCAACCCCACUGACUCCCCCGUGGAUUCCUCUUCCGAUUCUUCAAUGGCAAAGGGACCUGACGACGACGUACCUGCUCCAGGUCAGAUGUUCGCGCAAUUCGGGGCAGGUUGCUUCUGGGGCGUGGAAUUGGCCUUUCAGAGGGUGCCGGGUGUUACCAAGACUGAAGCGGGAUACUCCCAGGGGUACUUGCACAAUCCCACCUACCAGGAUGUUUGUUCCGGUACCACGAACCAUUCGGAGGUGGUUAGGGUCCAGUAUGAUCCGAAGGAGUGUAGUUAUGAGACUCUGCUUGAUGUUUUCUGGGCGAGACAUGAUCCUACAACUCUUAAUCGCCAGGGGAAUGAUGUGGGAACUCAAUAUAGAUCCGGAAUUUACUUCUACACACCUGAACGAGAGAAGGAAGCACUUGAGUCGAGGGAUAAACAGCAGAAGCUUUUGAACAGGAAGAUCAUAACUGAGAUUCUACUUGCCAAGAAAUUUUAUAGUGCCGAAGAGUAUCACCAACAAUAUCUCGAAAAUGGUGGACGGUUUGGUUCCAAACAAUCGGCUGACAAAGGUUGCAAUGAUCCCAUUCGGUGCUAUGGCUAG